UUUUGGCAAACUCUAUGUCAAAGUCAAAAUGACAUAAUUUAUAACCUCUGUAGUGUUUUGUAGUUAUUUGUUAUUGAAAAAUAGUUUUGAAUUUUCAAACUAAGCUAGUAAGGAAUAAAACUGCAAUGUUUAAACUACUAAAUCGCCACGGACGUCGGAGUGGUAUAGUUAAUUUAUUUUGUGAUAAGAAGUUUGAGGUUAGAAAAGCUAAGGUUUAUUAUUUCUAUUCUUCGGCUGGAUCAGUGCGGUUCGCUUCCACUGGUAAUGAUGCGGGAAAAAUUGCUCCUUUAGUGGAUAAUAUUCCGGAACCUCCGCCCGUACCUGAUCCUGCCACAAUCGGUGAGAUUACUGAAGCUGUACAGUCUUUAGCCGCUAACGGAGAACCUACAUUCGCUAGCCUUGGCCUCGGAGGAUGGACUCCUGUUGGAAUGGUACAGAACUGCCUCGAGUACCUACACGUAUCCCUCGACGUACCCUGGUGGGGCGCCAUCUUAAUAGGUACUGUUGUAGUCAGAGUCCUUAUGUUUCCAUUAGUUAUUAUGUCACAGAGAAACAGUGCAGUUAUGAAUAACAAUUUACCAGAAAUUCAGUUGCUACAAAUGAAAAUGACUCAAGCCAGACAGACAGGUAAUCAACUAGAAGCUGCUCGCUAUGCACAAGAAAUGAUGCUUUUCAUGAAAGAAAAAGGCUUGAAUCCUUUGAAGAAUAUUCUGGUUCCUAUAGCUCAGGCUCCACUAUUUAUUUCCUUCUUCAUGGGCUUAAGAGGCAUGGCUAAUUGUCCUGUGGAAAGCAUGAUGCACGGUGGACUUUGGUGGUUCAUGGACCUGACUGUACCUGAUCAAUACUUUAUAUUGCCACUUAUUACAAGUGCUACAAUGUGGGCAACUAUUGAACUAGGAGUUGAUGGAGCUCGUUUAGAUGCACAGAACAUGCAGGUAAUGAGAUAUGUUCUGAGAGCAAUACCAGUUAUUAUGUUACCUUUUACAAUAAACUUCCCUGGAGCUAUCUUAGUAUAUUGGGUUUCAACAAAUUUUAUAUCUCUCGGGCAAGUAGCUUUUCUUAAAAUACCUGCAGUCAGAGAAUACUUUAGAAUACCAGCACUUAUUACACAUAAGGCAGAGAAUUUGCCUAUGAAGAAAAAAGGGUUUGUAGAGGGAGCAAAGGAGUCGUGGACUAAUAUGAAAAUUUCAAGAGAUCUUGCGGACAGACAGAGGGUAGAUGAAAUGAUUUUCACAAGAGCAGGAAAAGGAGCCUUACAGAAAACCUACAAAUAUGAUCCGACAAAAGUAGCAAAAAUACAAGCAAAACCUAAGUAGGUAGUAGGUAGUUUU